UGUGGCGCUUUGCAGCCAAUCAAAACCCGCGCUUUCAAUUUUAAACUUUUACCGGAAGAAUCAACAAGCAAGCGAGACUCCUGCGGAUUUAUCUCGGUUGUCUUUUGUUUAAUUUCCACACCAACCUCCCACAAAAUGGAUCUUGCAAGUGAUGAUCAGACCAAAAUGUACUUUUACGAGAAUAGACUUCAAACAUUCGUCGGUUGGCCGUUUGAAGAGGGCUGCGUUUGCACUCCAGAAAACAUGGCUAAAGCUGGAUUUAUUCACACCCCGUCGGAGAACAGUCCAGAUAUAGCGCAGUGUUUCUUCUGUCUGAAAGAGCUGGAAGGAUGGGAACCGGAGGAUGACCCUGAGAAAGAGCAUAAAGCGCAUUCUCCCAGCUGUGAUUUUAUCUUGCUGAAGAAGACAGUGGACAGUCUGACUGUGGAGGAAUUUCUAAAACUUCAGAAAGAGAGACAGAAGUUUAUUAUUAAAAAAUCAUGUGGCCACGCGAUUGAUAAAUUUGAAGACGCAGUGAAGCUCAAGAGAAACCAGAUCAUCCAGACUGCGAUGGGAGAGGAAUGAAGAGGUUCAUUGAGAGCAUUUGGCUGUGGUCCUUUUAUUGACCUCGCUCUUUUCUUUUCGUUCAUUUAUAUGUCAAGGAACACUCUGUUCUCUUUAAAUGUUAUCAGUGUUUAAAUCUGUGUUCUGUCACUUGUGAAAGUUGAUUUUAUUACACUUUCUUCCUGCUUUUAUAGUAUUUAUUUUAAUAUGAGAAAAAUUAAAAAGAAAUAGUAUCCCAUGAUCCCUGUAAAUUUCUUUCUGCAACCUUGUCCUAACUGUCCAAAAAUCAGGAUUUGGUGAGGUAUUUGUAAUGGGGGAGUUUUCUUGGAAAUUACUGCAGUUUUUACAAUUGUGCAUCUCCUGUCUAAAACACCCCAAAGGUUUAUUGGUUUGACAAUCAGGUGUCUUUGGAGACCAAUUGAGUGGAACAAACUAGAGCUGUACAAUAUAUUGUUUCAGCAUCAAUAUCGCAAUGUGCAAAUGUUGAGUUCCAGAUUAUAGUAGAGGAGCCACAGUUCAGAACACAUGAGAUUAAUAACGUCACUGCAGAGUGUAAGCAUUAAAGAGAAAAAGUUUAUUAUUUGCAUGCAUUUUAUAAGGCCUGUGACUUUAUGAGAAUUUUAAAAGCAUUCGGGCUUAAUAAAUUGUACUAUUUGUUUGA